GUCAGCUUUGUUAAAGAACCUGCCUUUCAUUUUUGCCAACGACCGCUCCUUUCUUCAUCACACAGCUCAGCCUGACGCUACGUUCAGGCUGAUCUCUUCCAUUCCCCCACCCCUCAAAUCUCAGAUCUCUGAUCCGGCUGUGAGAUCUCUUCCCCUACGGUAAAAAAAAAAAAAAAAGUUAAGAAGAGCAUCAUCAAGAUGAAGGCACUCAUUCUUGUUGGAGGUUUCGGCACUCGUUUGAGGCCAUUGACUCUCAGUUUCCCUAAGCCCCUUGUUGAUUUUGCCAAUAAACCCAUGAUCCUUCAUCAGAUAGAGGCUCUUAAGGCAGUUGGAGUUGAUGAAGUUGUUUUAGCCAUCAAUUACCAGCCAGAGGUGAUGCUGAACUUCUUGAAGGACUUUGAAACGAAGCUAGAAAUCAAAAUCACUUGCUCACAGGAGACCGAACCACUAGGUACAGCUGGUCCUCUGGCUUUAGCGAGAGACAAAUUGGUUGACGGUUCUGGAGAGCCCUUCUUUGUGCUUAACAGUGAUGUGAUUAGUGAGUACCCACUUAAAGAAAUGCUUGAGUUUCACAAAACUCACGGUGGGGAAGCCUCCAUAAUGGUGACAAAGGUGGAUGAACCAUCGAAAUAUGGAGUGGUUGUUAUGGAAGAAAGUACAGGAAAAGUUGAGAAGUUUGUGGAAAAGCCAAAACUGUAUGUAGGUAACAAGAUCAACGCUGGGAUUUAUCUUCUGAACCCAUCAGUUCUUGAUAAGAUUGAGCUAAGACCAACUUCGAUCGAAAAAGAGACAUUCCCUAAGAUUGCAGCAGCGCAAGGGCUCUAUGCGAUGGUGCUACCAGGGUUUUGGAUGGACAUUGGGCAACCCCGUGACUACAUAACGGGUUUGAGACUCUACUUAGACUCUCUGAGAAAGAAAUCACCUGCCAAACUAACCAGUGGUCCACACAUUGUUGGGAACGUCCUUGUUGACGAAACCGCCAAGAUUGGGGAAGGAUGUUUGAUUGGACCAGACGUUGCCAUUGGUCCAGGCUGCAUUGUUGAGUCAGGAGUAAGACUCUCACGCUGCACAGUCAUGCGUGGGGUGCGCAUCAAGAAGCACGCGUGUAUCUCGAGCAGUAUCAUCGGGUGGCACUCAACAGUUGGACAAUGGGCCAGAAUUGAGAACAUGACCAUCCUCGGGGAAGAUGUUCACGUUAGCGAUGAGAUAUAUAGCAACGGUGGAGUUGUGUUGCCACACAAGGAGAUCAAAACAAACAUCUUGAAGCCAGAGAUAGUGAUGUGAGAAAAAAUGUGUUAUUACUAUUAUUAUUGUUAUGUGUCUUUCUCUCUAAGCUUUUGCUUUUAAUUCUUCUUAAUUUGGGUUUUUGAAUAAGCAUCAAACCAAAACGUUGUAUAUCUUUGUUAGGGUCAUUUGGUGUUUUGUUUCUAUUUUUUUUCUUGUAACUUAUCAAAAAAAAAAACAUUGUCUCAUUGAUUUUGAGAUACUUUUGAUUGAAUACUAGGUGCUUCCCCAUGCAACGCGUGGAUUGUGGUGUA